UCGGCCUUAAAGCUGUGUGGACGGACGAACCUAUCGACUGUGGAUUUCGCACUAGCGCUGCGCGCCGCUCUCUAAAGGAUACGAUUUUCGUACAGGAUCUCGACCGGAUCUGUUUUGAAUCGGGAAAAGGGUAUUUUUGGGUGUUUUAUACUUCACGUCUGGACUCAGAGUGUUUUUAUAGAGGAAGUAAGUGCUGUUUUUCGACUCGUUUGUUGUCUAAGUGUUGAGCCGUUGUCAGGGAUGUGUUUUGAUGUUCCAGGGAUGAUAUGAGGGUGAUAUACAUCAAACAAAAUUGCAAGGGUCGUCUGUACCCUGCUUACAGUCUGAGUGGUUCUGAAGGCGAGGAAUCUCCCAGACGUAAUCAAAACAACCAUACUUAUCAACACCCAGUGUACCAGCAACCUGCAGGUCUCAGUGAUACACCAACCUCUGAAGAAAACGGAUCUGACGCUACCUUAACGGACUCGGAACUCGCAUUGGCUAGGGAUUCUACCCUUCUUGUGCAUAACGGUUGUCUGUUGGACAGCGCGCCGGGUCACAGACCGCCCGAUGUGCCUCCCCGCAACCCCACAAUGAGCAGACUGAACGGGCGCCUUGCUUCGGCGCCGCCGCUGGACAACCAAGAAUUCGAGCCUUCCUGCCUAGUCAGAACGCCAUCCGGUACUGUUUAUAUUCCCCCCGGUACUUUAGGACUUUCCAAGAACCCCACAAUUGACUACAAAUCGAAUUCAUCCUGUAGCAGCCCCUGUAAAGAAAUGAAAAAUCCAGACAGACUAGGAAAUACGAACCCCUACACGGGUGCCCAUGCAUCCCUAAGUUUACGCAACAACCAACGACAUGUGAACUCGCACUUCACGCCACCUAGCAGAUUUCAUAUAAGGAAAGAUUUCACAUCAAGGUGUUCUUGGAAAUGUACUGCUAUCAUCUUCAUCAUGUGCACCGUGAUACUAUUUACCGGACUGUCGUAUCUGUUAGCUUCCAGCCUACUGAAUUGGUCGUACCAGAGCUCGAAGCAGUGCUCCGUACUGGUUGGCGAAAACACCCAAAUAGUCACUCCUUCCAAGCCGAACGCACCUGAAAGCAACACGUCGACGUCUAGUCGUCCAAAAACGGCGUCUAACGGAGGUAAUGUUAAUUCCUCGCAUGUGGCGAUAAGAAAACGAAGGGAGGUCGAAAAACCUCCUGUCUUACUUGCUUCUGUACAGUCUGAUCAGCACUUACGUAAUUCUAGUAGCGAUACACAGCAUGGAGUUGGUUCUUUGUUGCAUGAAAACACUAGUAUAGAUCCCCUUCAUGGUAAAGAGGUAGACUCAAUAAUGGUAGAUAGUUCUUCCCCGACUUCCUAUGAAAGUCAAGAAUCGGCAGACACUUCUUCUUCUGCUUUCACCGAAAAGUCUACAGAUUUGGACUCUUCCCCAAUCAGUUCAUCUCCGACAACUUCCGAUGAUAUGUACGAAACGGUCACUGAAAUAGAAUAUGUAGAUGAAGAUCUCACAACGAUAGAUGCAACAACUACCGCUGAAGAAAUAUCUCAGAGUUUCUCGACCACUGAAACUACUCCAGGAUCCACUACAGAAGUAACUGAGGUGGAAAGUGAUGAAACAAUAUCUUCGGCUUAUUCAACUACAGAAGUUUUUCAGUCAACUACCAAUCUGUCCAUUGAUGAAAGCCGCGAAUCGUUAGAGGAACCAUUAGAUCCACUAUCCAUCCAUGAUAUCAUCCAAGGUGAUGAACCAGGAUUUGGUUUCGCUUACAACGAAGAUGUUGACGUGCUUACGUUCGACGAGAAACCACCAGGGGAUGUCAUUGAUAUUGUGAGCUUGGAUAAUAAGACAGUCGAUACUAAUUCAAUGUAUAUUACCUCCCCUAACGAUACCGUUCCAUCGAAAAAUCAAUCGUUUUCCUCCGUUCCCUUGGAAGACAGAUCGAGCUUCAACAACCCUUCAAUUUUGCAUGAACUAAACCAAACUAACUCUGGUGAUUUUGGCGAUUCUGAUCCUAACAUAAAAAUAAUAAAUUUGGCGCCUUUAGGCCAAUCUAUCAAUUCUAAACGUCUUCAAGUGAACAUAACAGUGUCCGCCCAAAAUGAUCUUAUUAGUGCGGGACAACAGAUUUACCUUUUGUCUGUGUCAAUUCCAACUGAUGGUAAAGUACCAGCACCCGUGAUGAGUGAGUACAAGGAGUAUCCACAAGAACAAAAUAAAAUCAAAGUCGAAAAAGAAGAGGGGGAACCUGGGGGCGCUUGUCAGUGCUCUUGUCCAACCUUAGACAUCAAUGAUUAUUUUGCAGAUUACAAUGAUUCGGCUGAAUUUGACACGACGGAAAAAAAUCUCGAAGCAUCCACCUUGAAGACUGUCACAGUAACACAGUCUGAUAAGUUUAGUAGUACGGAUUUAAGUACCACAUCCGAAAGUUAUUCCUCAACUACUGAUAUGGAAAACUGGACAAAAUUCUGUGAUACUUCCACUAAGUUGCCUCCACCACCAACUAUCUUAAUCUUGGAAGAUGCUCGUACGUUCCCAGCCCAAUCCUUCCCACCGGAUGGUACCACUUUCUCUCAGAUAUCGCUGGGACAGAAGCUCUCACACGAAAUUCUUCCUUACGGAUAUUGGAAUAUGCAGUUCUACCAAUCUGAAGCCGCUUACGUCAAGUUCGACUACAGUAUUCCCAGAGGAGCUAGCAUAGGAGUGUACGCCAGAAGAAACGCCCUACCUACUCAUACUCAGUACCAUAUCUUAGAAGUUCUGAGCGGAUUCAAAGCAAGGACUACCAGAAGCUCAAACUCCUUUGUGAAGAAAGAAGUUACGCAUUACAUGGAACAGGGUCACUGGUUCUUGUCGCUCUACAAUGACGACGGAGACGCGCAAGAAAUCACAUUCAUAGCCACUAUAGCGGACGACAUGACCCACAACUGUCCAAACGGAUGCAGCGGCAAAGGCGAGUGUCUUAUGGGUCACUGCCAGUGUAAUCCCGGUUUUGGUGGUGAUGACUGUAGCGAGAGUGUAUGUCCAGUUCUGUGCAGUCAGAGGGGGGAGUAUAUCAACGGCGAAUGCCAAUGUAACCCCGGCUGGAAAGGUAAAGAAUGUCAGCUGAGGCAUGAUGAAUGCGAAGUUCCAGACUGUAACGGGCAUGGACACUGUGCUAACGGAAAAUGUAACUGCAUUCGAGGAUAUAAGGGCAAAUUCUGCGAGACUGCUGAUUGUCCUCAUCCAACUUGUUCUGGUCACGGAUACUGCGUGGAAGGCUCCUGCAUCUGUAAGAAAGGGUGGAAAGGACCAGACUGUGGUCAGAUGGACAAAGAAGCGCUGCAAUGUCUUCCGGACUGUUCUGGACAUGGUAAUUUCGAUCUGGAUUCCCAGACUUGUACAUGUGAGCCAAGGUGGUCUGGUGAAGAUUGCUCUAAAGAACUGUGCGAUUUGGACUGUGGAAAUCAUGGCCACUGCGUUUCCGACGCUUGCCAGUGCGAUCCUGGAUGGACUGGAGAAUCUUGCAAUAUAAAACAAUGUGACUCUAGGUGCAAUGAUCACGGACAAUGCAAGAACGGAACUUGUCUCUGCGUAACGGGCUGGAACGGGAAACACUGUACCCUUGAGGGAUGUCCUAAUAGCUGCUCGAAUCACGGCCAGUGCAAGCAAUCAUCCAACAACCAAUGGGCUUGCAAAUGUGACAGCGGUUGGGACGGAGCCGAUUGCAGCAUCCUCCUGGAGCAAAGUUGCAACGAUGAUAGAGACAACGAUAAAGAUGGACUCAAAGAUUGCGAAGAUCCAGAAUGCUGCUCUAGUCCACAUUGUCGCGACAAUCAACAUUGUUAUGUAGCCCCGAAACCUCUGGACAUACUAUUGCGUAAGCAACCUCCCGCAAUCACUGCAUCCUUCUUCGAAAGAAUGAAGUUCUUGAUCGAUGAGGAUAGUCUACAAAAUUACGUCAGACAGGGCAACUUCAACGAGAGUGUGUUUUGGAGCAACUUUAACACGAGCCGAUCAGCUGUGGUUCGAGGUAGAGUGAGGACUAUUAUGGGCAAAGGACUGAUGGGUGUGAGGGUCAGCUCGAGUAUUGCUCAAGAGGGUUUCACCCUAACCAGGGAAGAUGGUUGGUUCGACCUCCUCGUCAACGGUGGUGGGGCAGUAACCUUGCAUUUUGGAAGAAAUCCUUUCCGACCUCAUAAACAUAUUGUCUUCGUGCCUUGGAACGAGGUGGUCAUUAUAGACGAUAUUGUGAUGACGAUGGGAGAUGAAAAACAAGUGGUAUCAGUUCCACAGCCUUGUGUCAUUCACAACUACGACCUCAUGAAACCUGUGGUUUUGGCUACUUGGAAACAUGAGUUCCAGGGGGCUUGCCCAGACAAAAGCUCUAUUUUAGCGGAGUCUCAAGUAGUGCAAGAAAGUCUUCCAAUACCGGGCACUGGUCUGAAUCUUGUCUACCAUAGUUCGAGAGCUGCAGGCUACGUCUCCACCAUUCAGCUUCAGUUGACUCCAGAGGUCAUACCGCCAUCCUUGAAGUUGAUUCAUUUGAGGAUAACAAUCGAGGGAAUACUCUUUGAAAAAACGUUUGAAGCUGAUCCAGUCAUCAAGUACACUUACUCUUGGAAUAGGAACAACGUAUACCGACAAAGAGUUUACGGAGUCACUACGGCCAUCGUGAAAGUUGGAUAUGAGUACACUGAUUGUAAAGAUGUUAUCUGGGACGUGCAAACUACCAAACUGAGCGGACUCGAUAUGAGUAUAUCGGACAUCGGUGGUUGGAAUCUGGAUAUACAUCACCGCUAUAACUUCCAUGAAGGUAUCCUCCAAAAAGGUGAUGGCUCAAACAUCUACUUGAAACAUAAACCGAGAGUUAUCUUGACAACCAUGGGUGACGGGCAUCAGAGACCAUUACAGUGCAGAGAUUGCGAAGGUCAAGCUAGUAAACAGAGACUUUUAGCUCCAGUUGCACUAUGCGCUUCACCCGAUGGAUCACUCUUCGUUGGUGACUACAACUUAGUCAGGAAAAUUUCGACUGAUGGAACUGUUAGAACCAUAGUUCGUUUAAAUGCUACAAGAGUAUCUUACCGUUAUCAUAUGGCGCUGAGUCCUCUGGAUUCAGUUCUAUAUAUAUCAGACCCGGAAUCUCACCAAAUUAUAAAAGUACGCAACACAUCUGAUUACUCUGAUCCAGAUCACAACUGGGAAACAGUGGUAGGAUCUGGUGAACGUUGUCUACCCGGCGAUGAGGCACAUUGUGGUGACGGAGCUCUGGCUAGGGAUGCAAAACUGGCGUACCCGAAAGGUGUGGCCGUUACUAUCGACAACAUUCUAUACUUCGCCGAUGGUACCAACAUCAGAAUGGUGGAUCGCGAUGGUAUAGUAACCACGGUUAUAGGUAACCACAUGCACAAAAGCCAUUGGAAACCGUUACCUUGCGAAGGAACUUUAAAUAUAGAAGAGGUUCAUCUAAGAUGGCCGACCGAAUUGGCCAUAAAUCCACUUGAUAACUCGCUCCAUAUCAUCGACGAUCAUAUGAUCCUCCAGUUGACUUCCGAUGGAAGAGUUAAGGUUAUUGCUGGCCGUCCACUUCAUUGCGGAUCGCCAUCCUCCGGGUAUGACGUGGAAUUAGCAACUCACGCCACCUUGGUGAUGCCACAGAGCAUCGCUUUCAGUUCUUCAGGUAACCUUUACGUCGCCGAGAGUGAUUCACAGAGGAUUAACAGAAUACGGGUUAUUGGAACCGAUGGAAAAAUAAAAUUGUAUGCUGGUGCAGAAUCGAAAUGCAACUGUUUAGAGAGAGGCUGCGACUGUUUCGAGGCUGAUCACUAUUUAGCCUCUAAUUCUAAAUUCAAUACCAUAUCCGCUGUAACUGUAACUCCUGACGAACAUGUCCACAUAGGCGAUCAAGCUAACUACAGGAUUCGAAGCGUUAUGCCUAGUAUUCCAGACUCUACUACAAGCAGGGAGUAUGAAAUUUACUCUCCGGACACACAGGAAAUUUAUAUCUUCAAUAAGUUCGGUCAACACGUUGCCACUAAGAACAUUAUCACAGGAGAAACAAUAUACAUCUUCACUUAUAACGUAAAUACCAGCAACGGAAAACUGAGCACGGUAACUGACGCAGCAGGCAACAAAGUCUUCCUGUUACGCGACUAUGCUAGCCAAGUGAACUCCAUAGAGAACACCAAAGGUCAAAAAUGCAGACUGAAGAUGUCUUCGCCCUCACAGAUGAAGAUGUUAAAAACACUGAGCACCCCAGACAACUACAACUUCACAUUCGAGUAUCACGGAUCCUCGGGUCUGCUUAAGACGAAAAUAGAUAGCAGCGGGAGGAGUUACAUCUAUAACUACGACGAGUUUGGUCGGUUGACUUCGGCUGUCACUCCAACUGGCAAAGUACUUAGCCUUUCUUUCGAUCUAAGCCUAAAAGGGGCUACCGUCAAGGUCAGCCAGAAUAACGUUGAACCUAUCUCUAUGCUGAUCAGGGAAUCAAGCGUGAGCACCAAAGUGGGCGAAGCUGAAAGCAAAAUCCUCAUGCAACCUGAUGGUGGUGUCACUUCUAUCAUGCCAUGGUUCCACUCUGUUUCCAUUGAUACGGUACCGUACAAUGUGUUGGCUGACAAGGAAGCUCUUCUAGGAGAGAGUUAUCCGGUACCAGCUAAACAGAGAACUGAGAUCGGUGGAGACUUGGCCAAUAGGUUCGAAUGGAAAUACUUCAUCCGUCCGAAUCAACAGAACAAAGCUAAAUCUUCAAUUCCGAGAGUGAUUUCGAAAGUAGGAAGAAGACUCAGAGUGAACGGCGAGAACAUCUUAUCGUUAGAAUAUGAUAGGGAAUCUUCUUCGGCCGCUGUCUUCAUCGACGACAAGAUGGAACUCGUCAACAUCUCCUACGAUAAAUCUGCAAGGCCUGUUAGAUGGACGCCAAGAAACGGUAUUUUCUCUCCUGUUGAGCUCGAGUAUGACAGAUUCAGCAGAUUGAGCAGCUGGAAAUGGGGCGAUCUAACAGAGACCUACGGUUUCGAUAGGGCUGGUCGUUUGUAUGAGAUUAAGUAUGGCGACGGCACUUCCAUGCAGUACGCCUUCAAGGAUAUGUUCAGUAGCUUGCCAUUGAAGGUGACUACACCUAGAGGAUCUGAUUACCUUCUACAAUAUGAUGACGCUGGUGCUCUCCAAUCCCUUACAACUCCCAGAGGGCACAUUCAUACCUUCUCUCUACAAACCUCGCUUGGUUUCUUCAAGUAUCAAUACUUUAGUCCGAUGAACCGCCAUCCAUAUGAAAUCAUGUACAACGACGAAGGUCAAAUACUAUCUAUUGUGUACCCUCACCAAUCGGGUAGGGUAUCUUACAUCUACGACGAAGCCGGAAAAUUGGAAACCUCGCUAGCUGGUAUGAGUUCUAUUCAAUACACCUACCACGAAACCUCGAAUUUGGUGAAGAACAUUGAAAUAGUCGAGCCGUAUUUCGAAUUGAGGCAGGACUUCAAGUAUCACGCUGGAGUUUUGAAAGAUGAGAGGUUAAAGUUCAACGGAAAGAGUGGAUUAGAUAACGCCCACUACAGGUAUCAAUAUGAUGGUAACGCCCGAUUAUCCAGUAUAGAUAUAGACAUAAACGGCAAAGAAUUGCCGCAAUUAAGAUUGAAGUAUAACCAGAAUAUUGGCAUCUUAGAAGGCAUAUCUGACUUAAGGGUAUACAGAAAUACCUUCAACAGAUCUGUGAUGCAAGACACAAGCAAGCAGUAUUUCACAAUCACCGACACUGACGAUAGAGGUCGAUUGAAGACUCAGCUCAUCAACAUCAAGUCUUUUGACGUGUUUAGACUGGAAGUUGAAUAUGAUACGAGAAAUAGGAUAAAGACGCAGAAAAUAAUGAUAGGACGAUCGCAGUUCUUGGAUAGGAUAUCUUACAACUCUGACGGGCAUGUAUUGGAAGUCUUUGGAAGCAACAAUUGGAAGUAUGUUUACGACGAGAAUGGUAACGUCAUAUCGAUAAUAAAAGACAAAGAAAAGAUAUCUUUGGGAUACGACAGCGGUGACAGGGUCGUUCAGUAUGGAGAUGUUGAAUUCUCCAGCUACGACAACAGAGGUUUCGUCGUUAGACGAGGAGAACAGAAGUAUCGUUACAAUCCAAGAGGUCAGCUGAUCCAUGCUUUCGAAAGAGACAAGUUCCAAACCUGGUAUUUCUACGAUGAUAGGGGAAGAUUGAUUUCCUGGAACGACGACAAAGGAAAUGUCACGCAGUACUUCUACUCCAAUCCUAUAACGCCAAAUCUUGUCACCCACGUCCAUUUCCCCAAGACGAGCAAGACGUUCAGAUGCCUUUACGAUUCUAGAAACGUCAUCAUCUCCAUAGAGACACCCGAGCAAAGAUUUUACAUCGGUACUGAUCAGAAUGGUUCACCUUUGGCGCUGUUCGACAUAAACGGCAACGUCAUCAAAGAAGUGAGACGGACUCCUUUCGGAAACACCGUAUUAGACACCAACCCCAACUUCUAUCUCCCCGUAGAUUUCCAUGGAGGCAUUCUUGACCCCAAUACUAAACUUUUGUACAUCAACAACAGGCUGUACGAUCCAGUGGUUGGGCAAUGGAUGACACCGGCAUGGGAGAGGUUGUCCACAAAAUUGAAUUCGCCUACUGAUGUUUUUAUCUACAGAUUCAUGAACAAUGACCCUAUCAACAAGAACAGCUUAAUCGACUACAUGACUGAUAUGGAGAGUUGGCUCAAGAUAUAUGGAUUCAACAUCCAGAACAUCAUGGGUUCUGAGUACAUCGAAAAAAUGAUUUACCAACCGAAGGCUACCAUACAGAGCAGACAAUUGGCACCCGAAUUUGGUGUGAUUUCAGGUCUUGAAUGCAUCGCCAGCAAGACGAAAGAGAAAUUCUCAUCGUUGGAUUUCGUUCCGAAACCUCUACUCAAGGUGGAACCCAAGACAAGAAACCUCCUUCCAAGGGUUUCUUACAGAAGGUCCGUUUUCGGCGAAGGUGUCCUUAUCUCGAGGAUCGACGAUCGAGCCCUGAUUAGCGUCGUCGAAGGCGUCAAUGGCGUCAUGCAAGACGUGGUGACAUCCGUUUUUAACAAUUCCUACUUCCUCAACGUCCAUUUCAGCAUACACGACCAAGAUGUCUUCUACUUCGUCAAAGAUAACGUCUUGAAGAUAAGGGACGAUCUCGAGGAAUUGAGGAGGUUGGGUGGUCUCUUUAACGUGUCUACGCACGAGAUCACGGAUCAUGGAAACAGCGCACCGAUCAAGGAGCUGAGGCUGCAUAAUCCGGACGCUGUGGUGAUUAUCAAGUACGGCGCAGAUCCGCAGCAAGAAACGCACAAGAUUCUGCGGCAUGCGCAUAAGAGGGCCGUCGAGAGAGCGUGGGAGAUUGAGAAACAGCUAGUGGCUGCUGGUUUUCAAGGCAGGGGUGAGUGGACUGAAGAAGAGAAAGAGGAGCUUAUAUCCCACGGCGACGUGGACGGAUACGAAGGUAUCGACCUACACAGCAUUCACAAAUACCCCCAACUAGCCGACGACCCCGGUAACGUGGCAUUCCAAAGAGACUCUAAGCGUAAACGAAGAAAAAGUGGUAUGCGCAAACGUCGGAAUCACCGGCAAGUGUCGUGAUUUUUGAAGACUAAAACAUUGAAUGUGCCAUACGACAUCAAAUGAAUCAAAUACUAGUCGAUCUAAUUUAUAAUUUUAAGGACAAAUUAACUAUUUUCUAGACGGUGACUAGAUUAUGUCACCAAACUAUUUUGAUAUUGAAUCAUUUGCGAAUUUGAAAAAUUCCAAAAUCUCCGAGAGCGCUUCUCUAGUGUAUCGGCGUGGCAAUAAAUUGGAAGGGAAGAAAAUUUCACUCUCAAUAGACCUUUCGUCCCUUGAAACCGAAUGUGGAAAGUUUUCUAUUUCGAAAGUAGGCCUAAAGACUUUUCGUCCCAAGCAUUUUGCUCUAGUGAAAAUUCUUCUCCUUCACCUUCCAAACUGUGGGGCUAACCAAAAUUGGCGCCCUUGAACUAUGUAUAGGCCUAUUGAAGAACGAGCAAACAUGCACAUAAUAGUUUUAGUGGUAGUGUGCUGAGGCCCAAAAACUGACGAAAUGUAUAUAAUCAGAAGCUUUUUAUAUGGAAAUGUAGAAGAAAGAGUCGGUUAGAUAAAUGAUAAUGGAACUCUUCGUGCCGCAUUCUUGUGAUUACUAUCAUGAUAAACCAGUGGCGUUGACUGAUAAUAAGUUUCAGUUCUACUGAUGAAUACUUGUAGAUGGACUCAAUUGAUAAUAACGUAGAAAUUCACUCCGUAAUACUCCAAUAACUUGUAUUUAUUUAGAAAUUUAUGUUCUUACCCACAACCACUACUAUAUAUACGUAUUAUCACAUCAAACCUGAUAAACAUUCCGACAGUCAGAUAUAUACAUCACAAAUCGCGUUGGCCCAAUAAACCACAUUGAGCUUAGUUCAUUGUCUUUGUUCAGGUAAGAAUGAAGAAGGAAUAAAGACUGGUCUCUUGCAAUGUUUCUCAUCGGUAUAGAAACUGAGUCUCCCUGACUACAAGUGAAUUCGAAACCAUGAUUAGAGUAUGUUUUUUUCAAUAAGUGCUUUUCAUUGAUUACCUGAAUGAUGAUAUGGCUGCUUUGAUUCACACAUGGAAUCUGUUGGUAUUUAUUUAAGACUACGAAUGCGAUGAACUCAAUUAAAUUCCAUAUAACUGUCAAUUCUCCCUACAAUCGAAUUUUGGUAAUGAAAGAUCCAAAUGGAAAUUUAUCAGGUUGACUCGAGGAUUAGAUCCAUGAAUUAUUGAACACCAAACGGAUUAUACGAUUUUCACAAAAUGAGAUUUUUAGUGGUUUUAAAACUCAUUUUGUGAAAAUCUUAUGAUCUGUUUGAAGUUCAAUUAUGGAUUUUCAUCAAGCAUCGGCCACAUCAAUUCAAUAUCCAUGAAUUAUUAUUUGAAGUCAAGAUAUGCAUUGAUUUUUUCUGCCAGAUCAAUUAAACGUAGUACCGAAAUUAUAGCAUUAUCUGAAACACAGGGUUCUCAUUCAAAGUAGAUUAUAUCGCCAUGACAUUUAACUCUUUGGUUUGGAAAUACUCUGUUUUAUAUGUGAUAUUUUAUUUAAUCUCAUUAGGUAACAUAACUUUAUCCGAUCAGUCCAUGUAAAUAGUACAAUAGUCAGUUUUCAUUAAGUUUUACAAGUCUACUUACAAUGCUUCGACUCAUUAUGUAAAUACUUGUAAGAGAGAAUCCACUUGAUCUUCCACUUCAGUCAACUCCAUAUUCAAUAAUCAAUUCCCAGGAACGGAAUUAACAAAUUUCACCGAUAUUCUGUGAAUUUUUUCAAUCACUUAUAUUUUCUCCAGUUUACCUCGAAUUACAAGUAUUUCUUAAUGAGCCUUUUCCAGUUGUUAGAAUAGAAGUUUCAGGAUGGUACUCAGUUUUCUAAUCAUCCCAAUUAUGAGAUAAUCAGUAAAUGCGACUAUGUAUCAGUCCUUACUGCCCCUCCAAAUCCUUAGCUGCAAUAGUCUUCUUGUAAAGUACUUAUGGUACUGCUGAAGUAUGAUGAUAAUACUCGUUCCAAAAGUAAUUGUCUGUCUUUUUUAUUCUUUUCCCUAAGGCUCAGAAACCUUUGAUGUAUUACACUGCAGAAAGUAGAAAAUUUAAUUUGAAUUUUUGGUGUACCAUGAACGUUUUGGAACGAGUAAGCAGUAGUUAUACCAGUGUAUCAAUACACAUGUUUUAGCUGAUGUACUUAUGUUUUGUUGGUCAGAACUGUACUGGAAACUUGAGAGACGAAAGAAACAGGGGCAUUCUCGAUGCCAAUGGAUGUAUGACUGAUAUUUUUUCUAAUGUGACUAAAGUAAAAGCAAUAUACUUUAUAUCUUAAAUAUUCUAGUUAUUUUUUAUAAUUCUGUGCAAUUGUUGUGUGGUUGUCAAUUAUCCGGCAUUGGCAACUUGCACGUGAUGCAUUUGACCAUAAGAUUAAAUUGUAAACUGUAAUACUGAAUUUUAUGUAUGAUGUACAUAUAUAUAAAUCUAUUGUGUAUAUUGUUUUGAUAUGUAAAUAUAUUAUGUUUUAUUCAUUUAAUAUACUCGUUUAUUAAAUGCAAAGUAUUUAUGACAA